AUGCCUUACUUUUCUAUUUUAUUUGCAAUCGUUCUCCAAUUCAUGUGUAUUGAACGAGGUAAUAUGGCUGAAACUUGCCGCGUACAUCUGCUCCGCUGGAUGUUUGCAUUCUUUAUAUUUUCUCAGAGGCCAAACAUUCCUGUGAUAGCCGGAUACGCUAUUACCCUGGUAGAUGUCUUCUUCCCGCUCCUUUUCUGGCGCCCCAAAGGAUCCAUGUAG